UUUAAAUUGAAAAUUUGAGAAAUCACAAUGAAGGUCUUAGUUGUUUUAACAACAUUUUUUGUUGUUACUCUUUGUAAUCAAAAUUUAGAAAAUCAAAAAAAUUUAAAUCUUGAUUUCUACGUCGAAUUAUCGAAUUUCCCCAACGAUUUAUUAGAUUAUACCUUAUCAAAACUAACUGAAGCUUACGAACAGCAUAAUUCGGACGUUUUAAAAAUCGUUCCGCAUGUGCAACAGGGUUUAUAUGAGAGGGACGAUGACAAAAAUUGGUUCGUGGUUGCAAACUACGAUCAAACCGCUUUCAGAUUUAAUUUAUCUUUGAGCGUAACUGAAACGACUCACGGCGACAAAUAUAGUAUUGGCAAUUUGCUCGGAUGCAUUAAAACAAGCUAGGAAUUUUUAUUUUCAGAGACAGCAACAACAUUAUACACGUGUGCAUAUUAUAAAUAUCUGAGAAUUAAAUUAAAGUUAAUUGGAAUUUCAAGAUGA